AUGGUUUUCUCUGACCGCAGUCGCGGGGCCUCACCGUUGAGGCCCGGGUUCAACAGUGUUACGUCCUAUAAACCCGAAGGCUUGUCGGUUGCAGAUCAUCUGCACCCCGUCAUCAAUGCUGGCCGCGUUGCUGUUAUCACCGGUGCAGCCAGCGGAAUCGGCAAGGCCGCAGCUUUGGAAUUCGCAAAGAUUGGGAUGAAAGUUGCCAUUGCAGAUGUGAACCACGAACGGCUGAACGAGCUUGCAGCGGAGCUGAUUCAGACCCUCGGCGAGACAAAUGUUAUCGCCCAGCCGACCGAUGUGUCCAAGUUGGAUGAGGUUGUGCGGUUGAGGGACAGAGUGUAUGAAGCUUGGGGCGAGGUCGCCGUGUUGAUGAACAAUGCUGGCGUGGGCGAUAGAGGUACUUCUUGGGCCGGCAUUGAUAAAUGGAAGAAGGUUUUCGAUGUCAACCUUUUUGGAAUCGUCAAUGUCCAACAAACUUUUGUACCAUCGAUGCUUCAUCAAGAAAACCAAGCUCUCAUCGUCAACACUGGCUCGAAACAAGGUAUCACUAACCCUCCAGGAAACGCUGCGUAUAAUGCUUCCAAGGCGGCUGUGAAAAGUCUGACAGAGGGCCUAGCCUACGAGCUUCGCGAAACGCCUAACUCUAACGUGACCGCGCAUCUCUUCGUCCCGGGCUGGACUCACACCGGUAUGACCUCCAGCGGGUCCUCAGAAAAGCCUCCCGGCGCGUGGUCCGCUCAAGAAACGGUGCUCUACAUGCUGGAGCACGUGCGAAAGGGCGACUUCUACAUCAUCUGCCCGGACAACGAGACCAGAAACGAGAUCGAUCAGUUGAGAAUCAUGUGGGCUGCGUCGGAUGUCGCUGAAGGGCGUCCAGCGUUGAGCAGGUGGCACAGAGACUACAAGGCUUUGUUCUCAGAGUACAUGAGGGAAGGGCUGGAGAGUCUGGAGCGAUGA